GCCCCGAUUUGACCCUAGCAAGCAGAAUUGCAAGUUAUUCAUGCCCUGUCCACUACAUAAGCUGCAGAGCGUCGAUAGCAAGCAGGGCCAGCGCUAUGAGUCGCUUCUUCAUCGGAUUUGCCUCUGCUUUCAGUGGAAUUUUCAUUAUUGGUGCUAUCAUUAGCUUGGGUUAUAUAGUUAAUGACAUCAAUAACUUCUACGAUGACGCAAUGGAGGAUAUGAAAGAGUUCAAGGUCUUCGCUGAUGACGCAUGGACGAAAAUGAUUAUAACAACGAAUACUGGAAGAUCCCGUCGUCAGACCUACGGCGACUCAGCUGUAAAGAGCGAAUCUUCGACCGAUGAUGACACCUGCAACUGCGGUGCACAGCCGAACGACUGCCCACGUGGGCCACCCGGACCGCCAGGAGCCCCGGGAGAGCCCGGAAUUGACGGCGACAACGGAGCACCUGGAGGAAAAGGACGUGAUGGCAUUUCCACUGGCGGGUCGCCUUUAGACACCAUAGAAUGCGUAACUUGCCCUGCUGGACCUCCAGGACCUCCAGGUCCAGAUGGAUCACCAGGAGUCGCCGGUCCUCCUGGACAGGAUGGUGCACCUGGCGAAGCUGCUCAGGAUGGGCCUCCUGGAGAAGAAGGACCAGAAGGAGACGCUGGACCGGCUGGGGCUGAUGGUGCACCUGGCGAGGUUGGACCCCCUGGACAAAAUGGCCAGAAAGGCCAAGGUGCACCAGGAGUGGCCGGACCGCCUGGACCACCGGGACCUGCUGGAAACGCAGGAGCCGACGGAGAACCUGGAAGCCCUGGAGCUGAUGGCGAACCCGGACCAGCUGGAGCAGCUGGUGGUCCUGGACCUGCAGGCGAGCAUGGCCACGAUGGAGAGCACGGUGGCCCAGGAAUGCCUGGGGAAGAUGCUGCUUAUUGUCCCUGCCCACCUAGAACCGUUGACGUUGCUGUGGAUGCUGGGAAGAAGGUGAUGGGAUUUAGCAGAAGACGUUUUAGGGUUUGA